AUGUUUACAUCAGCAUCUCAGCGUCUCUACAAUGCCACGAAGCAGCACGUCUACUGGGGGCACAUCAAGAUUCUGGUCCCGAACACCUGGUCCAUCCAGAGCCAGUACCAGUUUGCUAGGACCGAAAACUCACAGUCUGCAAACAUUCUCGUGCAUAGCCGUACAGAUGACGAACCGUUUGUCGAAAAUUUCGUAGGUUGUGGGACCGAAGGAACUCUGAUGCACUUGACACCGGCCUAUAUUCUAGAUAUGCAGUACCGAGAAAAAAUGUUUGGCAACACAGAUAGCGUCUUAGUCCGAAACUGGGGGUAUUACCGCUGGGGAUUGUUUAAAGAACACUAUGACGGAAAAGAAGGCGGUAAACCGUUUUACAGCACACCCGGUGGGACAGAGGGAACCCGCUGCUCUCUCCAGAUCAAAGGGAAUCUUUUGUUGCCUGAUGGAACUACUUGCCAGUUUAAUGAAAACCAGAGUGGUGAUAAUCGCAAAUGCCGCUUCGUUCCUGAUACUGAAGGACAGACGGCUACAGGUUCACUGCUGUUCGCAACCAGAGAUGCUCACAUACAAUCGAUAGAGCAGUUCUGUGAUGACGAUGAAUCAGACCCGGCUAGCCUCCACAACCCCCUAGCUGACAAUCUCAUGAACAUCAAAUGCGGUGAACGCAGUGCAUGGUCGGUAAUGAGGGAUCAUACAGACUUCCCUGUGGAUGCCCCACCGGUCUCUUACACCACUCCUGUAUUUGAGGUCCUCCAGCUCUCGUCAGUCAGAAGUGUAGUACUCGUCCUCGACAUCAGUGGUAGUAUGGGUGGGAACCGAUUUGACCGAAUGGUCGCGUCAUCUGCUGAUUACAUCAUGAGUGUAAUUCCCUCAGACAGCAAGCUCGGAAUCGUAGUCUUCCAAUCGUAUUCAGAAAUCAGAGCAAAUCUUACGGAUAUUACCGAUACUGCUUCACGUGAAAGACUCGUCGAUGCUUUACCACCAUCAGCGGGUGGUAGCACGUGUAUCGGAUGCGGGAUAUUGUCAGGCAUUCAGGUACUUGGAUCAUACGCACAAGGAGGAUACAUCUUACUCCUCAGCGAUGGCCAAGAGGGUGGACCUAUAUAUAUCAGAGACACAUAUGACGACGUAGAGAACUCAGGAAUCUACAGUUCAGUGGUCAUUAUCGAACCUAAUCCUGGCUUCUCCAUUAUUCCGGUGGUUAUUGACGCCGCACUGGGCAACGAAACGGUGAUCACAGUGACCUGGGCGGCGAGUAAUUCUAUAUCAAUCGUUCUUACUGGGCCAGACGGUACUCAAGUUGACGAUAGCGAUCCUCGCUAUCACAUUGAUACGAUCAACAAGAUUGUGACGAUCAACUUACCCCUGGCGCAGGCUGGUUUGUGGAAUGUAACCAUCAACGUCAUACAGCUAGGCGUCGAGUAUGCUAGUGUUUCAGUAACCUCUAAACCAUCUACGCAGGAAUACUCGCCAGUCACAGUAACUGUGUUUUUAGGAGCUGGUGAGGUGAAUUAUGCCCAGACUCCAGCACUAGCUAUAUAUGCUCAGGUUCAACAGGAUUAUAUGCCUGUUCCUAAUGCUACCGUCACAGCUAUCGUCUCGGAUUCGUCUACAUCGACCCCGGUGAUAUUGCACGACGACGGGUUAGAGCCGGAUUUAACAUCAAAUGACGGGACAUAUUCAGCGUACUUCCAAAGCUUCACUUCUAAUGGCAGAUAUAACGUCAAGGUUGAUGUCAUCGGCUAUGAUGGUGCAGAAAAUCAGAGAAGAAAAAGGUCAGCUGAAGUUGAGACUGCAGUGGAGCCAUCUUUUAUGCGUACAGCAUCGGGAGGAGUCUUCAAGGUCCAAGGUUACACUCCCAACGCCGCUGACAUUCUACCACCUUCCCGUAUCCAGGACCUAGUCUACACCUCUUUCUCCUAUGACAACAGCACGGUGACCCUCAGCUGGACUGCUGUAGGAGACGACUUGGACCAAGGAACGGCCUACAAUAACGAACUCCGCUAUUCCACCAACUUCAAUGACGUCCGAAACAACUUCAGCACCAGUCAUGAGGUCACACAGAAUCAACUCGUCUCCGGGAACCUAUCCUUUAUCAGUCCUGCUGGGGUUAUUGAGACUGUCACUAUUUCCCUCCCUGAGAGGGGGCAAGAUAUCGUCUACUAUUUCGCUAUUCGGGCUUGGGAUGAGGCAGGGAACAGAGGGGACUUGUCCAACAUCGCUUCCCUGUCGAUCCGCUUCAUACCGGUGUUUGUACCCACCACCGAACCACUACCGGUGUCUGUACCCUCGACUACCGAACCACUACCAGCGUCUGUACCCACCACCAUCGAGCCAAUACCGGUGUAUGUAACCACCGUCGAACCAACUGGACCAGACAACCUGGCCAUGAUCAUCGGGUUGUGUUGUGCAGUGGGUGUGGUAAUCAUCGUUGGAGCAGUCAUACUGUGCGUAUACUUCUACCGAAAAAAACACACUGGAGAGAUGAAAUUUGGGUCAGCAUCGGGGUUGGCAGGGCUGCCAGACGUGGAGGGUAUGCAACAGAAUCCAACCUAUGAUAACCCUACUUUCUCUACAAUUUGAUUUACUCUCUAGAUUUACACUGUAGUGGGAAUCACAUCUUAGUGAUUCAUAAUAGGGAUCAUUUCUUUGUUUCAGAUGAAAUUCGCCCCGAAAUUCGCACAAAAAAGUGAGAUUUAUUUAGUUUCAUUUGAUUACAUUAAUUGUCCAAAUACACGUUGGACGUGGAUUAUAAACAUUCUGCACAUAUCCCAGAGGACACGGAUUUUGCUCAUAUGAUUACACUAAGACCCAUCUUUAUCUAAUUAAUGCUCGUUCAGAUAUGACUUGUCAAAACCAAAUGAUAUAAUAAGAUUCACAUGUCUGAAGCUUUGAACACAGAGGUCAAAGAAUACAUACGCGCAAGUCAUUAUUCUGUUGCGGGUAGUUGCCAUUUAAUUAACACGAAAUUUAAAACACCGGCGGCUUUUUUCCGGCGGUUUACCGUGCCAUGGUAUAUCUGAACAAGCCUCAAUAAUUUAUAAUGAAAUUUUCGAAUACUGGUCAUGCAGUUUAACUGUAAAAGGACUGUCGAGAAGUCAUAUUUACUUCGAUUUGGGUGAAAAUCCGCCCUAAUAGGUAACAACUGUGGAAUUCAAUCACAAAAGAAAAGAGUUAUUUAAAAAUCACUCUGGAAUAGAUAAUUUGGGUUGGGUUUAUUUCCAAAGAAAGUGAUUCGUAAUAUGACUUCUGAAAAGAAUGAUUUUCACCCCUCUGCAUGUGAUCUGUACCUACCCAAUAGGAACAAAUAUGAUGUAGCUGAUCUAUCCAUGUCUGAGAGGGACUGGUUUGAUCAAUUCGGAUGUUGAAUAUUGGUCUGGGAAUUCCAUUAGCAAAGAGACUGACGAAAAGUUAUCAAUGAUAGCACAAAUGCCUCCUGUCACUCAUAUUUCACCCGUCAAAACGCCGAUUUUCAUCAAUUUCCUUCCAAAACUACAAUCAGUCAAAACUCCUUACGUUGUAAUUAAAUUAAGUUAUAUAAUCACCUAAACAAUGAUAUUAAACUAAGUAAAACUGUUGAUAUAGUUAAAAAAAACUGUUGAAGAAUGAAACGUUCUUGCAGUAUCAAAAAACAAAAACGCCCAAUUAAAUAAUUAAUAUUUUGCUCCUAAUGUUGUGUAAUGUUUGAUAAUACUAUAAAGCACCGGCUAGGGGCGCAUAUAGGGACGCAGUGUCGCUGGACGCCGCGGCGUGUCCUGUGUGCGUUCAUGGCUGGUGCAUUACUGUAAAUGUCUUAUGCUCACAUAUAGGUCUUAUUGAUCUUUUUCUUGUAUAUAUUUGUUUUUUCGUUAAUGUUGUUUUUGUUAAUUUCUCUAAUUUCUCGAUAUAUAUGUCAUGGUUGGUGCCCCAACCACAAGCUUGUAUUC